UUGGUCAAAUUAGACGAGACUUUAGCUAAUAUUCUAUCAUUUCAUUCUCUGUUAGUGUUAUGGAGCAACAUUUUGAAGUUUGUUUUCAAAAUGAAAUAUUUUAUCGUACACAUACACACACGUACACCCAUACAUACACAUGCACACAUACAUACACACACGUACACAUACACACACACACAUACACACACACACACACACAUACGUACACCCAUACAUACACAUACACACACACAUACACAUACACACACAUACAUACACACACGUACACAUACACACAUACACACAUACACAUACACACACACACACACACACACAUACACACAGGUGUAUUGUUACACAUUAUAGACAAUAAUGAUGUGUAGAGUGGAUGUAUGUUGUGAUAUGAAAUACAAACAUUCAUGACUUCUCUAUCCUA